GCGCGGGGCGGGGGGCGCGCGGGGCGGGGCCGGGCGGCGGGACCCACUGCUCCUCCCCCCAGAGCCCCCGCGCGGCCCCGGUCGCCAGGGCAGCGCGGCGGCGGCGGCGGCAGAGGCGCUCGCACCCCCGGCCCCGGCGGGCCCCGAAGGAGCAGCGGGCACAGGUCCCUGGAAGGUGGCGUCAGCAUCUGCAGCCGCGUCGACGUUGUUGGAGCCUCCGCGGAGGACCCAGGAGAGCCGGACGAGGACCAGGGCCCCGGGCCUCCCCAUGGAGACGUCAGCUGCCUCAACAGAGCCCCAGGGGCCUCGGCCAGUCCUGGGCCGCGACAGCGUCCAGGUGCCCGACGACCAGGACUUCCGCAGCUUCCGGUCAGAGUGUGAGGCCGAGGUGGGCUGGAACCUGACCUACAGCAAGGCUGGCGUGUCUGUGUGGGUGCAGGCUGUGGAGAUAGAUCGUACGCUGCACAAGAUCAAGUGCCGGAUGGAGUGCCGCGACGUGCCAGCAGAGACGCUUUACGACGUCCUACAUGACAUUGAAUACCGAAAGAAGUGGGACAGCAACGUCAUUGAAACUUUCGACAUUGCCCGCUUGACAGUCAACGCUGAUGUGGGCUAUUAUUCUUGGAGGUGUCCAAAGCCCCUGAAGAAUCGUGAUGUCAUCACCCUCCGCUCCUGGCUUCCCAUGGGCACUGAUUACAUCAUUAUGAACUACUCAGUCAAACAUCCUAAAUACCCGCCUCGGAAAGACUUGGUCCGAGCUGUGUCCAUCCAGACGGGCUACCUCAUCCAGAGCACGGGGCCCAAGAGCUGCGUCAUCACCUACCUGGCUCAGGUGGACCCCAAAGGCUCCUUACCCAAGUGGGUGGUGAAUAAAUCUUCUCAGUUCCUGGCUCCCAAGGCCAUGAAGAAGAUGUACAAGGCGUGCGUCAAAUACCCUGAGUGGAAGCAGAAGCAUCAACCGCACUUCAAGCCGUGGCUACACCCGGAGCAGAGCCCGCUGCCGAGCCUGGCGCUGUCGGAGCUGUCGGUGCAGCAUGCGGACUCGCUGGAGAACAUUGACGAGAGCGCGGUGGCAGAGAGCCGGGAGGAGCGCAUGGGUGGCGCGGGCGGCGAGGGGAGUGAUGACGACACUUCGCUCACCUGAGCUGGGCACAACGGCAGGGACCAAGACACGACGGCGCGGAGCCCAGGGGCGGCGGAUCCUCCCACGCUCUCUCCCCUCCCCGACCCCUUGCGCCUCCUGGGGACGCUGGGCCCGGGCCCAGGCUGGCGCUGCGGCCUGGCUGGACACAGCCCCAAUAAACGAUCCCACAGACUCA